AUGUCAGGCACCACAGAUCCUGCCAUUGGCUCAACACACUACGCAGAUGAUGCCUUCAAGGGCAGGAAAUCUCCCAAGCGAAGAGACUCCGAGAGGAAAGACUCGGCUCAGGACGACUACGGGCGCCGCAACUACAGCCUGAGCAGGAUCCCAUCAUCACGAGGCUCUUCAGCAUCUCGCAACGACUCACCUGAACGACGUCCACGCAGGCGCUCUGAUGCUGAUCGCCGUGGCCGGUAUUCUCGCGACUGGUCGCGAUCGCCAUCACCUCGUCGCUAUGAGGAUGAGCAAGACGACCCAGAGAAACCAUGGUUCAAGAAGAAGACCCUAUGGGCCACAGUUGCCAGUAUCGCCAGUGUAGCCAGUGUCGCAGCUGUCAGCAUGUCCACACAAGCGACCAGAGAAUCCGCAAAAGCGACUAGGACAUCUGCAGAAGCAACCAAGAAGUCUGCCUUGGCCACUCAGAAUGCCGCCCUAGCCUCACACAGGAGUGCCGACGCCUCCAACAGAAUCGCCAAUGGCAAUGACCUCUCGACCAGGGCAGUCGUGAACACCGCCGUCGCGGCAGGCCAUCAAGACCAUCGAGGCCGAUACCUUGGCCCUCCUCCACGGGAAGGUGCCCGAACUCCACGAGCUCGCCGCCUAUCCUGGGAUCGCAUCGCCAACGGAAAAGAGCCAGGACAGCGUCGCCGUUCUCGAGAUCGCCGCAGUCAUCACAGUCGUUCAUCGGCUGGUCACAGCCACCGGAGCCACAGGCCACAUGUCCCUGCCGGCCUACUCGAAUAUCAUCCUGUCGCCAAGGUACCCACCUAA